CCGCCCGCCGGCUUGCCAACCUGCCCGCCCCGCUCCGCGCCACGCAGGAGAAGGCGCUCGGGGACGCCGAGCCGGCGCCGAGAGGAGCGCGGCCCGGGCCAGCUCGGCUCCGGCGCUAGCGCAGCGGCUUGUAGCGGAGGACUACCGCGACAAGGACGAGGGCCGCUCGCCGUCCUCCCUGCGUGCGGCGCCGCUCCCGGCGGCCGGCCGGCCCAUCGGGAGUGCCGGCGAGGAAGGGAGACUGGAGUGAUGAUGAUUGUGGAUUCUUCUGUGGGAUUAGAAGCCACAUCUGUUGUGAUCGGAAAACUCCAGGAAUAACAGCAGACAUGGAUGAACAGGCUCUUUUAGGGCUAAACCCAAAUGCUGAUUCAGACUUUCGGCAGAGGGCCCUGGCUUAUUUUGAGCAGUUGAAGAUUUCCCCAGAUGCCUGGCAGGUGUGUGCCGAGGCUUUGGCACAGAAGACAUACAGUGAUGAUCACAUAAAGUUUUUCUGCUUCCAAGUAUUAGAACAUCAAGUUAAAUACAAGUACUCAGAACUCAGCACAGCUCAACAACAGCUGAUCAGGGAGACACUCUUGUCGUGGCUUCAAGCUCAGAUGCUGAAUCCACAACCAGAGAAGACCUUCAUACGAAAUAAAGCAGCCCAAGUCUUCGCCUUGCUUUUUGUUACAGAGUAUCUUACUAAAUGGCCCAAGUUUUUUUUUGACAUUCUCUCAGUUGUGGACCUAAACCCAAGGGGAGUGGAUCUGUACCUGCGAAUCCUCAUGGCCAUUGAUUCAGAGUUGGUGGACCGCGAUGUGGUUCACACGUCAGAGGAAGCUCGUAGGAAUACUCUGAUAAAAGAUACCAUGAGAGAACAGUGCAUUCCAAAUCUGGUGGAAUCGUGGUACCAGAUUUUACACAAUUACCAGUAUACUAAUUCAGAAGUGCUGUGCCAGUGCCUUGAAGUAGUUGGGGCUUACGUCUCUUGGAUAGACUUAUCCCUUAUAGCCAAUGAUAGGUUUAUAAAUAUGCUGCUAGGUCACAUGUCAGUAGAAGUUCUACGGGAAGAAGCAUGCGACUGUUUAUUUGAAAUUGUAAAUAAAGGGAUGGACCCUGUGGACAAGAUGAAACUAGUGGAAUCCUUGUGUCAAGUAUUACAGACUGCCGGGUUUUUCAGCAUUGACCAGGAAGAAGAUUUGGACUUCGUGGCCAGAUUUUCUAAGCUGGUAAAUGGAAUGGGACAGUCCUUAAUAGUUAGCUGGACUAAGUUAAUUAAGAACGGAGCUGUCAAGAAUGCGCAAGAGGCCCUGGAAGCUAUUGAGACAAAAGUACCACUUAUGUUACAGCUGCUAGUUCACGAGGACGAUGACAUCUCCUCAAACAUUAUUGGAUUUUGUUAUGAUUAUCUGCAUAUUUUGAAACAGCUUUCAGUGCUCUCAGAUCAGCAAAAAGCUAAUAUAGAGGCAAUCAUGUUGGCCGUUAUGAAAAAAUUGACUUAUGAUGAAGAAUAUAACUUUGAAAAUGAAGGUGAAGAUGAAGCCAUGUUUGUAGAAUACAGAAAACAGCUGAAGUUGCUGUUGGACAGGCUCGCUCAGGUGUCACCCGAGCUAGUGCUGGCUUCUGUUCGCAGAGUGUUCAGUGCCACGCUGCAGAACUGGCAGACGACACGCUUCAUGGAAGUUGAGGUGGCAGUAAGGCUGCUGUACAUGCUGGCAGAAGCCCUCCCGGUGUCGCACGGUGCUCACUUCUCAGGUGACGUUUCAAAAGCUAGUGCUUUGCAGGACAUGAUGCGAACGUUGGUGACGUCAGGAGUCAGUUCCUACCAGCACACGUCUGUGACGCUGGAGUUCUUUGAAACCGUUGUUCGAUACGAAAAGUUUUUCACAGUUGAACCUCAGCACAUUCCAUGUGUACUAAUGGCUUUCUUAGAUCACAGGGGUCUGUGGCAUUCCAGUGCUAAAGUCCGGAGUAGAACUGCCUACCUGUUUUCUAGAUUUGUCAAAUCUCUCAAUAAACAAAUGAACCCUUUCAUUGAGGACAUUUUGAAUAGAAUACAAGACUUAUUAACCCUUUCUCCACCUGAGAAUGGUUACCAGUCCUUGCUGAGCAGCGACGAUCAGCUCUUUAUUUACGAAACAGCGGGCGCCUUGAUUGUUAACAGUGACUACCCAGCAGAAAACAAGCGGGCCUUAAUGAAGGACCUCUUGACGCCACUGAUGGAGAGGUUUAAGGUUCUGUUGGAAAAACUGAUGAUGGCGCAAGAUGAAGAGAGACAAGCAUCUGUUGCCGAUAGUCUCAACCAUGCAGUUGGGUUUGCCAGUCGAACUAGCAAGGCUUUCAGCAACAAGCAGACUGUGAAACAGUGUGGCUGCUCCGAAGUUUACCUGGACUGUUUGCAGACAUUCCUGCCAGCCCUCAGCUGUCCGUUACAAAAGGACAUCCUCCGAAGCGGAGUUCGGACUUUCCUCCACCGGAUGAUCAUUUGCCUGGAGGAGGAGGUUCUCCCAUUCAUCCCGUCCGCCUCGGAGCACAUGCUCAAGGACUGCGAAGCCAAGGACCUCCAGGAGUUCAUCCCACUCAUCAACCAGAUUACGGCCAAGUUCAAGAUCCAGGUAUCCCCGUUUUUACAGCAGAUGUUCAUGCCCUUGCUUCAUGCCAUUUUUGAAGUGCUGCUACGACCGGCAGAAGAUAACGACCAGUCGGCUGCCUUGGAGAAGCAAAUGCUGAGAAGGAGUUACUUCGCCUUCCUGCAAACGGUCACCGGCAGUGGCAUGAGCGAAGUGAUCGCAAAUCAGGGUGUAGAGAAUGUAGAACGGGUGCUGGUUACUGUUAUCCAAGGAGCCGUUGAGUAUCCGGAUCCAAUUGCACAGAAAACAUGUUUUAUCAUCCUCUCAAAGCUGGUAGAGCUCUGGGGAGGCGAAGAUGGACCGGUGGGAUUUGCCGACUUUGUUUAUAAGCACAUUGUCCCUGCGUGUUUCCUAGCGCCUCUAAAGCAGACCUUUGACCUGGCCGACGCACAGACGGUGCUGGCGCUUUCUGAAUGUGCUGUGACUCUGAAGACGAUUCAUCUCAAACGGGGCCCUGAGUGUGUUCAGUAUCUUCAACAAGAAUACCUGCCCUCCUUACAGGUUGCUCCAGAAAUAAUUCAGGAGUUCUGUCAAGCACUUCAGCAGCCUGAUGCUAAAGUUUUUAAAAAUUACCUAAAGGUGUUCUUCCAGAGAGCAAAGCCCUGAGGACUGGAUCCCCACCCUGUGUCAUGGCCAGGAAUCCAGUUAAUGACUUAAGGAGCAGUUUGUGUGUACCAUUCACACUUGUUAACAUUGUUCUGAGUUUAUGGCUGUGUAUGUGGGGUUCUCUGUAAAAUGGGUGUAAUUUUUCCCUAAAUACAGGCAUGUGACAACGAGAAAAGUUGCCUGCAUGCCCGUUUAAAUUGUUUAUGUAAAAAUGCUGUUAUAAGACAUAGAUUUAUCCUAGUACCUUAAUUUUUUUCUUUAUAUGAAACUUUAAAGUUCUUUAUUAAAAAAGAAACUAUAGCAGUGGGAAACUGACUCUAACGAUUGAAUGUAAAGUUGGAAAUGUUCAGUUUUGUGUGUGCAGACAUAAGCUAUGACGUAACAAUCAAAACGUCAUUUUUGUAGAUAGCCAUUACAUUUCUUCAAACUGUCUCAAUGCCAAUGUGUAUCCUAUAAGAGAGUGGGUUCCUAAAUUAGUCGGUUUAAAAGUAGCUGCUGGUGUUACACAUUUUUAUAAAAAAAUAAAUUUUACAUAGUUAAAUAUAUCUAGUCUUUUCCGGAAUUAUUAUAAGUAGCCUCAUUUUCCCACCUGAAUCACUCUCUGAUUUCCCACCUAAAGGUUUGCAGAUACGAAUGUGGAUGCCUUAUUUCACUGACUAUGCCCCUAAAUGUCACUCAACUUAGGUCUGUUAAGUUAGUCUUUUUAAAUGCACUAGAAGCCACCUCUGUGAAUCUUUGAUGGGAUUAUAAAUCCCAGUGUUUUUCUAUGAUAUGAGGUGUACUUACAGUACAGUACAGUACAGUACACUUGGUUUUUUGUUUGUUUUUGUCUUGAGACUGGGUCUCGCUAUAUAGACCAGGCUGGCCUCAAAUUCACAGAUUUGCCUGUCUCUGCCUCCUAGCUCCUGGGAUUAAAAGUGUGAAUCACCAGGUCUGACCACCUGUGAGUUUAUGAUUUUUGUAGUCAGUUACUACUUAAUUACUACAAGCACUGCUGCGUGCCACAGGAGAAACGUAGAAGAGUAGUGGGCAGGGAAGGAGCAUUGGAAAGGAGGGACAGCAGCUUAGCUGUAGACAUGCAAGUUUAAAAUGUGAAGGCCCAGUGAAGGCCUGGGUCUGACGCCCAAGCACGCAGAGUCCCAGGUUCCAUCCCCAGCACUGCAUAAAGGCAGAGGAACAGAGAGAGAGAGGUCACGGGCUGUCCUCAGCUACAUAGUGAGUUUGAGACAAGCCUGGGCUUGAACCUGCCUUACCAUUGUAGUAGGUAAAAGCCUGAUGGCUUUCUUGAGAGGGAGUUGGGUAUAUUGCUUAAUGGUAGAGUUCUUGCUUGAAAACCUAGACCCACAGAAUAGAGAGGAGACAAAGAUUUCAGGGGGGAUUUGUGUGUUGUCGGUGAAUUUAUGACCCAUAAAGUCGUGUGUGUGUGUGUGUGUGUGUGUGUGUGUGUGUGUGUGUGUGUGUGUGUGUGUCUGUCUGUCUGUCUGUCUGUCUGUCUGUCUCUGUGUGUGGGGGGGGGAUGAGAACCUUCUCUGUCUUCCACUGAACCCGGAGCUCAGAGUUUCAGCCAGGUUGGCUGUCCCAGUCCUCAGGUUGCAGAUGUUGGCUGUCCCAGCUCUUAUGUGGGUGCUGCGGUUCCACAUUCAGGUCCCCAUUCUUGCCUGCUGAGCGCCCCGCCCCCUAUUUUAUUCUAAAUCAUGCACAUGACUUUCUGAUUUUAGCUCCACCAGAAAGUCAGCAUUUUCCUAACAUACAAUUAAGGCAGUAAAAUUGACAGCUAAGAAUAGUCUUCUAUUGAAUGGUAAAAAUAGAUUGGUGAAGUAUGUAUAGUGCUUCAAUAAAUAAUAUUUUUCUCUUUUUUAAAUAGCUAAGUGGGCCAGGUUUGGUGGCUCAUGCUUAUAAUCACCAAAUUUAGAGGAGGCCAAGGCCAGUCUGGGCUGGAGUGAGACUCGGCUUCAAAAACAAAACAAGACAGGCACUGUGCACUGUGAGAUGCAGUAGCAUCUGUUGCAACAGUGAUUGUGCAAGGUGUUGUAGUGAGUAGUGAAGUGUAGUCGUGAAAAAGACCUUGUAUGCUGUGGACUCUGGACCCAAGUAGGUUCAAACACCACUUACACCAGUAACUGAUCUUAUGACCUUGAGCAAGUUAAAUGACUUCUUCCUGCCUUGGUUUCCCCCUCAGAAAUGGGGGAAAUAAUGGUAGCUACCUCAUAAUUUGUUAAGAAUUCAAUGAGCUAAAACAUAGGUCUCAGUAUUAGCUUGCAUUACUGUACUGUUGAGUCCAUACAUGACUCUCUAAAAGCCUACAAUAGAUUCACAUGUGUUUAGACCUGAGGAAUCAGGACAUGGAAAUCAGAGUGUGUGAGUAAGGAACUUCAUGUCAAUGUAAUCAUGUAUAAAAAUGCUCAUUUUCAUUCCUUGAGGUUACCGUGAUGACAGGAACCUGUUCCAUCAUUAAGUACCUUAUUUUUAAAAGCAAGCACCCAAAUAAUUUUCUCAAGAAUGAAUCUCAUUUGUUACAGGUGAGAAAUCAGAAAGACAUGGGUAUUAUGGUGCCUGAUUUAGUCCUGUGCCUAACCAUUUGCUUCUGUCUCGAUGCUUGCUAAUGGGCUCUCAAGUGGCUUGACUUUUUACAAAAGUACUACGUGGUAUUUGAAUGUGUAUGACUUACGUGGUAAACAUGUGAAGUCCUUUGGCUUAGUCAUAUUUCCUCCAUAAGUUUUGAGCUGUGGGUUUUUCUGUUGGAAGAAACUUGGAUGGACCUGUCACUCACUCAUGUCAUUAUCAGAACUGAAAUAGGUUUUAAUUGUAAGCAGAAAGUACAUUUGCUGUUAGAAUGAUUUCAUUGCCUAAACUGUUUAAAACUCUAAUAAAAUAACUUCCUUUCUAAGAA